AUGAACAAGUGCCCACAUGAACAGUCGUCACGUUCUCGGCAAGACUAUUUGAUCUCCGAUGGGCCCAGCUUGGCCUCAGACGAUUCAAGCCAGUAUUGCCCAUAUUGUGGUAAAGUAAUCAGGCACCGCAGUAACCUGCGAAAACACAUAGCCGACAUGCAUUCUGGAGUAUACUACCAGUUCAGGUGCAUAGUUUGUGCUAAAGUGUUCCGCACGAAGAACUCCAUGUUGACGCACACCUAUAGGCAACAUCCAGGCAUAAAGGUGAAGGGAAGGCUAAACAUUGGGUUCGUUGUGUGUAGCUUCUGUAAGAAAACCUUCUCGUGCAUUAGCAGCCUGCGCACGCACAUCCGAGACAUCCAUGACAAUACUGGCCCGUAUUGGUGCCCGCACUGCAACAAACCCUCAAAGAGUCAAUCAGGGUUAAGAAUGCACAUCCAGAGACACCAUCGUAGUCUGCGCAUCCACAUCAGGGACAUUCACACUACAAGUGGCCCUGUCUGGUGCCCCAUUUGCAACAAGCCGGCCAAAAAUAAGAAUGCAUUGAGGGUGCACAUUCACAGGAAUCACAGGCGUUGUGAUAACCAGUCCCUUCAGCAGUGUCUUCUCGUUUUGCAGGCCGGCCACCACCACCAACAUUUGUCAGUGAGCAACUACAGUCAGUGGGCCCACACUGUCCGGAGUGUGGCAAAGUGUUCUCAUGUGUGUCCAAUGUACGUGUACACAUACGUGAUGUGCACGGGACGGACGGGCCCUAUGUCUGCCACCUAUGCAACAAGCUCUCUAAGAGUGGCCAGCUCCUAUAUGGGCUUACUUCACUGUCCAUAUUGUGGCAAAACGUACACGUCCAUUGGCAAUCUGCGGGUGCACAUAAAAGACGCCCACCUCUACUUUGGGCCCUUCCCAUGUGCUAUGUGUGAUAAAGUGUCAAGAACCCAGUCGGGCCUGAGGAUGCACAUACAAAGGCACCACCGCAACAAAGUCAACUGA